AUGACCGAGCUACGGCUAGGUCUUCCCGGAGAAAUCAUCAUCACCGGAAAGUCUAGGGUUUCUUCUGAAGUAGAGAGUGACUUGAAAUGUGAACCGGCGACAAAGAGUGAUAAAGUAGUGGGAUGGCCACCGGUUUGUUCGUUCAGGAGAAAGAACAGCCUUGAAGGGACAAGGACUUCGUAUGUGAAAGUGAGUGUAGAUGGAGCUGCGUUUCUCAGGAAGAUCGAUUUGGAAAUGUACAAAUGUUACCAAGAUCUCGCUUCCGCUCUACAAAUUCUAUUCGGAUGCUUUAUCAACUUUGAUGAUACACUGAAGGAAAAUGAAUACAUUCCGAUAUAUGAAGAUAAAGAUGGAGAUUGGAUGCUUGCUGGUGAUGUUCCUUGGGAGUAUGUUUUCAGUUAG